AUGUUCAGAAACAUAGGCUCCCAGACUUCCAAAUUUCACCAUAGUGUCCCCUUGAAAAAGGAGCAAUAUGAUAUUUUACUGAAUGUAUACGACUCCAUGAUUGACACUGACAAACGUUCAUCUCAUUUCAUUUACGUACGAGUUGAUCCUGAAAUAGCUUUCCAACGAGCUAUAAAAAGAGGAAGACCAGAAGAACGUAAUUUACCUCUAUCUUACUUUACAGAUUUACAUUCUCUAAUGGAUGAAUGGCUACUAGGUUCAAACAGCAGUAAGACAACAGUAGUUGAUGGAUUAAAAGACGCAGAACUACUUUAUAAUGAUGUACUCUCAGCAAUCAAUAGCAUUACAUUUUGA